UCAGCUGUUCAACCUUUUCCGUAGCGUUUCCAGUUUUUAUACGUUUUCUACUUAACCCCUCCGGAAAAUAUGUCGGGGAACGUGUUUAAAUGUGUGCUUGUUUUCGAGUUAUUGUUGGUGACGACCAACUGCGACGUUUCGGCGAGAGUCAAACGCGGCGACAUCGAUCUGCAGACCUGCAUCGACAACUUCAACGUCCACCGCGACAAGAUCAUAAGGACGCAGGACUCCCAGAAUAUGGGCGCUAAAUAUUUGAGCGAAACGGACCUGGGGUCCAGGGAGGAAUGUCUGAGGUUAUGCUGUGAGACUGUUAACUGUGAUGUUUUUGUUUUUGAGGAAAAGAAUUCCGGAAGUUGUUACCUGUUCCAUUGCGGCCCUCCCGAAGAUUUCAAAUGCAAAUUCACCCAUCACGAGAACUACUCGAGCGCAAUACUGGCGGUGGGCAGACACACGCCGGACCUGGAGAACCAAAUCAAACUGACCAAGCACGAAGAAGAUUUAUCCAAGUUAAGGAAACCGGACACGGGAACUGGUUUGAAACGUGUCCAGUCUAAAAUUGUCCACACCACUUUGUCGACUACCACCAUUGCUGGUGGGGACAAGGAAGUUUUGCCCCCCAUUAACAACCCCAAACCUGAAAGUACUGAUGCUAAGCUGGUGCCGCGGAAGUGCAGCCGGUUCCAGUUCGAGUGUCGUUCGACGAAGGAGUGCAUCGCCAUCUACAACGCGUGCGACGGCAUACCGCAGUGCGCAGACGCGAGCGACGAGGCGCCCGAGCUGGAGUGUCCGCCGGCGGAUCAGGCGUUGACCGUCACGACUGCGCAGACGGUGCCGCAGGCGGCGCCGGCGCAGCAGCCGGCCAGGCCGGACGGCGGGCAGGCGCAGCAGCACUACGUCGCCCACGAUGCUGGGAACGCCGUACAAAAGGCGCCACUCAAUCCCCAGGUGGUGGGCCAGGACGUGCUGUACCACCCCCAGGUCAUAACGGCUGAUCAGCACGUGCCCGCGAGACAGGAGCAGCCGGACUUCCUGACGCCUGUCAAUGACCCACGGGUGAUCAACUCGAGGAACCGUUACAACUCCAAGUCGUCGCAGUACUUGCCUCAGACGCAACAGUGGCUGCCCCAGUACCCUUACGAUCAACCGGUGGAGGCGAAGCCACCCACCCGCAUCCAACAGCCGGGCACCAUGUUCAAUCACAAGGAGAACGGGCUGCAGGUGCAGGACUCGGGCGGCAGGAUCCUGGACACGUCCGACGCGGCCAGGUAUAAUAAAUUUAGCGGGGCCAUGCACUAUUUACAUCGAACGGCCCUUUUAGAUCCCGGAUACGCGAACGGGGUCGUUUCUGAGCAGGCCGGGCGGCGGCAUUAUGUCAAAGAAGGUCAAAGGCAACAGUACGACGUCCAACCAGACAACGACCAAAUGGUGCCAGACUACAGGCAAAAGAAUUUGAAUUACUACGGUAACGAAUACACUGGUCCAAUACCACCAGAUAGUUGGACUCCUGACAAUAGCUACAACAACGUUCCUGUCUAUAGGCAGGAAAACUUGCAUGCCAAUGUUCUGGCAGACACCGUAAAUCAAAAGCACCCUCCAAACGUGUAUUAUUCAACCGUCGUAAACCAGGAGCCUAAAAAAGCUGUGAACCCGAAACACGUCCAGGACCAGAUGGCGCACGACCUGAAGCACUCCAAGGAGAGCAUGGACCACGGCACGACGGACACCGAAACCAAGAUCAAGAUCGAAAAGCACAUUAAGCACGUCCACGAACAAUACCCGGACGUAGUGUCGUAUAAAAUGGCCGACUCCAACGAUCUGCAAGACGGUUUUGCUCAGAUACCCAGGGGGGCCGUCCUAUCACUAACGCUAGGUUUGAUAAUAACUUGUCUUAUGGCAAUACUGAUUGGUUGCCGUCUGAAAGUGGUGCGCAGACGGAUGAAGCGAGGCGGCAAAUCUUACGCCCAUGAUGCCGAUUAUUUAGUCAACGGCAUGUAUUUGUAAUAAUGAUCCGGGAGGAGGAAGGAACUGAAUUAGAUCCAAUUAACGAACGAAUGUGGGACGAAAGGAAUGUCAUAAAAUGUGUUUUUAAACGUUUGCGGUGGUUUAGAUGAAUUUUUUGUAUAUAAUCUGUUGAUAUUUUGUUACAUUUGAUGUACUUAGGAGAAUAUUGACUUAAUAAAAGUUUCACUUAUA